ACGCCUAAGCGCGUCUGAAAGGUCAGGUCGGAAGGCGGCCGGCAGAACCCACGUGCGAACGACCACGUUCCCCCGCACACUUUUCCGGGACUCACACGCGAUGGCUCUUACAACGCAGCGGGGAGCAGGCGGCGAGUCCACCAGAGGCUCCCGUCGCCCCUCCUCACUCUGCGUGCGUGUCCCGCCGCCCCACGCGUCCAGGCCGAGUUCUCGCGGGGCGCGGAGACCGCGCGCGGCCGCGGAGACUGCUGGGAAGUGUGGUUUUGCUGGAGGCGACCGGGCGCAGCGCCGGUAACUAGUGUGUGCGGCGCGGAGAAGUCUGAGAAAUGGCGCCUUGCUGGGGGCUCCGCUCGUGGUCCACCCCGCGCUAGUGUCGGGCCAGGCGGAAUUCUCCGACCUGGACGCUGGGAGGACGCGGCGGUGCAGUUUCCGUGAGGGCGGCGACCAUUGUCCGCGCACAGCGACCCGGCGCGUCCGGUGUGUCACAGAGCUGCAAGAUAGUCCCGAUUUUUCAUGACUGCUUUUUCCUGUCCUUAAUUUGCCAUCUCAGGACAGUGCCCUCCAAUUAUACAAGAGCCUGGAAAGACAACUGUGUUGACUACUGGAAAUUGCCAAGUCAUGUUCCAGGUAACAUUUAGUGAUGUGGCCAUAGACUUCUCUCAUGAAGAGUGGGGAUGGCUAGAUUCUGUUCAGAGGGAUUUAUACAAGGAUGUGAUGGUCCAGAAUUAUGAGAACCUGGUCUCUCUAGCAGGUCUUUCGAUACCUAAGCCAUAUGUGAUCACUUUAUUGGAGGAUGGGAAAGAACCUUGGAUGGUGGAGAAAAAACUGAGAAAAGGUAUGUUUUCAGAUUGGAAAUUAAGAUGGGAAAACAGAGAAUUAUCAGCGAAGGAGGAUAUUUAUGAAGAUGACUCACCCCAAACGAGAAUUUCUGCUGAAGGGAAAUCACAUAAACAUGAUAUAUUUAAGAAGAUCUUACCGAAAAAGUCAUUUAUAAAAAAUGAGAAUAUCAAUGGUGGAAAGAAACUUUUGAAUUCUAAUGGAAGUGUGGCAGCCUUCAGCCAGAGCAAAUCUCGUACCCUUCACCAGACUUAUAAUAGAGAGAAAAUCUAUACAUGCAGUGAAUGUGGGAAAGCCUUUGGCAAACAAUCAAUUCUUAAUCGCCACUGGAGAAUUCAUACAGGAGAGAAGCCUUAUGAAUGUCGUGAAUGUGGGAAGACUUUUAGCCAUGGCUCAUCCCUUACUCGCCAUCAGAUAAGCCAUAGUGGUGAGAAACCUUACAAAUGUAUUGACUGUGGGAAGGCCUUUAGCCAUGUCUCAUCACUUACUAAUCAUCAAAGCACUCACACUGGAGAGAAACCAUAUGAAUGUAUGAACUGUGGAAAGUCUUUUAGUCGUGUUUCACAUCUCAUUGAGCAUCUGAGAAUUCAUACUCAAGAAAAACUCUAUGAGUGUCAAAUAUGUGAGAAGGCCUUCAUUCAUAGGUCAUCUCUCAUUCACCAUCAGAAAAUUCAUACUGGAGAGAAACCUUAUGAAUGUAGUGAAUGUAGAAAAGCCUUUUGCUGUAGCUCACACCUUACUCGACAUCAAAGAAUUCACACUAUAGAGAAACAAUUUGAAUGCAACAAAUGUCUGAAAGUCUUUAGUAGCCUCUCAUUUCUUAUUCAGCAUAAGAGUAUUCAUACUGAAGAAAAACCCUUUGAAUGUCAGAAAUGCAGGAAAUCCUUCAACCAGCCUGAAUCACUGAAUAUGCAUUUGAGAAAUCACAUUAGAUUGAAACCUUAUGAAUGCAAUAUAUGUGGGAAAGCCUUCAGUCAUAGGUCAUCCCUGCUUCAACAUCACAGAAUUCAUACUGGAGAGAAACCCUAUGAAUGUAUAAAAUGUGGGAAGACCUUCAGUUGUAGUUCAAAUCUUACUGUACAUCAGAGAAUUCAUACUGGAGAAAAGCCAUAUAAAUGUAAUGAAUGUGGGAAAGCUUUUUGCAAAGGCUCAAAUCUUACUGCCCAUCAGAGGAUACAUAAUGGAGAGAAACUCAGUAGUGCCCUAAGUGUGGAAAAACCUUUAGGCUAUCUGAAUCACUAUACGUGUGAAAAAUCAUAUAUGAGAGAAACUGUAUGAAUGCAGUGUUUUUCAUAAUAUAUUUCAGCCAUUGAUCCUCCCUGAUUGAGCAACAGAAAAUCUAUAUUGGAGAAAAGUCUUAAGAGAAUAAUAACUAUAGGAAGGUCUUUAGCAAUGGUACAAGACACAUUGUCCAGAGUUCACACUGAAGAGAGACCAUAUGAAGGUAAUAAAUGUGAGAAUGCCUUUAGCCAGUAUUAAUCUUUUAAUAAGUAAACCCACACUGUAUUUACUGUUCUAUAUAUGUAAUAACAAAUAUGGGGAAGACUUGGCAAUAUGAAUCUCUUAUGAAAUAUGUACAAACAUGUACAAGAGAGACAAAAUAUGAAUAUAAAUUUGUGGAAAGUCCUUUAGUUAAAGUGCAUCCCUCAUGCUACAUCAAAGAACUCACACUGCAGAGAAAGCUUAUGUAAGAAAUGUAGCAAAGUGUUCACUAAGAGCUCUUAUUUUCUUAGACAUGGAAUGUUUGGAACAACCUGUGUACUAAUGCUAGAACAACCUGAAGGAUGUAGGAAUUAUGUGUAAAUCUUUGCAAUGAUGCCAUUUGUAGACAGUUUUACAGGAGAGCAAACAAGCAUAUUAUAAAUAAAUAUGCAUUUCUUAUAGCAGUAGCUUGCAAUUUUACUUAAGUUCUACAUAGAAAUUAUCUUUGGUUAAUGGGCAUGGGAAGAUAUUUAGUUACUCAGUGGAUUGAGUAAAUGUUAUAAAGAUGAAAAUUAAAUUUGCAAAAGAAGUAAAAAGUGGUGUGAAUGAAAUUCUUAGUCUCUAAUAAAACCAGUUGUAUAUAUUAAACUCACA